GUAAGCAAUGCAUGGAUGUUAUGUAGAUGAGAAUGUAUGGAUUGUUGCUUAUUUGCAGAUAUUUUGUUUCUUGUUUAUUGGGGUGGGCUUAUGUUUUGUCAUGGGGUAUGUCUAUUGUUUGUUCUAUACGGAGUAGUUUGAGUGAGUUCAUGGUGGAGUUGAGUCGGAAUGCUGGGGGUUUUCAAUCAAUGGUUUUCCGUGUACUCAUUCCGGGUAGGUUACGCGAUUGGGUUAGUCAUGCUCCAUUCUCUUUGAAUUUCUUGGGAUCGUAAUUAUCGACUCGGUCUACGAACAAAAGGAGAAGUAAGUACGCGGGACGGC